ACAAAAAUGCAUUCAACAGGCUUGCUAAAUUAUGUGAAUUGUGAUAAUACCGCCCCACCUUUGUGCGAAAAAAAGGUUUUAAAGAUCAGCCCUCAAGAAUAUAAUUGUCGUUCUGCAUGCUUACCCUGUGAUAAGCUUUGUGACGGUUUGAAAAACUGUCUCGAGGGUGAUGACGAAUAUUUUUGCGACUAUACUUGUACAGCUGAAUGCACAUGUAAAGAUUUUGGAAUUAAGUGCAAAAAAAUCGAAUGGAAUUCAACGAAAAUAAUCAAACUUUCAAUGACUAACACGUAAGUACGAUUUCAUUAUCUCAGUAUGUAACAAAUUAUAAUUGUAACAAUACUAUCACUAUA